AUGAAGACCAGCAUUCUGCUUAUGUUCCUUUGGGGGUUGUCCUGUGCUCUUCCAGUAACCAGGUAUCAACAUACUGAAUCUGAGAGCUCUGAAGAAUGGAAGGGUCAUUUGGCUCAGACACCAACACCACCAUUGGAGAGUAGUGAGUCAUCAGAAGAAAGUAAAGUUAGCUCAGAGGAGCAGGUAAAUGAAGACCCCAGUGACAGUGCCGAAUCAGAGGAAGGCCUGAGCCUUGCUGAUCAUCCAUAUGCUCAUAGGCCAGCAGGUGGCUUCUCUAGGAAUGGAGGCAAAGAAGGAGAUGAUAGAGAUGAUGAUGAAGAUGACAGUGGAGAUGACACCUUUGGUGAUGAUGACAAUGGCCCAGGACCUGAAGAGACACAAGGAGGAAACUCUAGACUCAGUAGUAAUGAAGACUCAGCAGAUGCCACAGAGUCCAGGGAAGAUAGUGCCUCUCAUGGGGAAGACAGUGGCCAAGAUACCACCAGUGAGAGCAGGGACCUUGACAAGGAGAGUGAGAGUAAGGAGCGCUGGGUGGGAGGUGGCAGUGAGGGAGACAGCAGCCAUGGGGAUGGCUCUGAGUUUGAUGAUGAAGGAAUGCAGAGCGAUGAUCCAGAUACCAUCAGGAGUGAGAGAAGCCACUCCAGAAUGAACAGCGCCAGUGUCAAAUCAAAAGAAUCAAGAGGAAAUAGUGAUGGGCAAGCCAACACUCAGGAUUCAGGGGAGAGCCAAUCAGUGGAGAAUCCCGGUAGGAAAUUUUUCAGAAAGUCCCGCAUUUCUGUGGAAGAUGACACAGGUGAUCGUGGCAAUAGCCAAGAAGAAGUCAAAAGUGACUCCACAGAAAACACCAAAGAAGCCGGCCUCAGCCAAUCCAGGGAAAACAGCAAGAGUGAAUCUCAAGAAGAUAGUGAGGAGAAUCAGGUCCAGGCAGACAGUCAAAAUGAACAAGACCCCAGUAGUGAAUCUAGUCAAGAGGUUGACCUGCCAUCUCAAGAAACCAGUAGUGAAUCUCAGGAAGAAGUAUUGAGUAAGUCCAGGGGUGACAACCCAGAUAAUACCUCCACUCACUCGGAAGAUCAGGACUCCAGUGACUCCAGUGAAGAGGACAGCCUGAGCACACCCUCCAGUUCAGAAAGCACAUCCAGAGAGGAGCAAGCUGAUAGUGAAUCCAAUGAGAGCCUCAAAUUCUCAGAGGAAAGCCCAGAGUCCCCUGAGGAUAACAGCUCUAGCCAGGAGGGCCUCCAGUCUCACAGUGCCUCCACCGAGAGCCAGAGCCAGGAGAGCCAGAGCCCGGAGAGCCAGUCUGAGGAAGAUGAUGGCAGUGAUUCUCAGGACAGCAGCAAAUCGCAAGAAGAUAGCAACUCCACCGAGAGCAAUUCAAGCAGUGAGGAAGCUGGCCAGUCCAAAAACACGGAGAUAGAAAGCAGAAAACUAACAGUUGAUGCUUAUCACAACAAACCCGUUGGGGAUCAGGACGACAACGACUGCCAAGACGGCUAUUAG